AUGUUCCUCUCAAAUUUUAGCUUCUCAAAACUCAUAUUCAAGGUCACAAAAUUAUUUCUCGUCCUAUGGCUGCUGUAUCUUCUCUCAUCCAACAGAAUUGAGCAAUUCAACACUCUCAACUACUCCCAGUUGAAUACGAAAAUCUUUCAUGAGGGCACCACUCUCAAUCUCGUCAUUGCUCAUCCAGAUGACGAAGUGAUGUUCUUCGCUCCCACUUUGCUACAAUUGGAUAAUCUAAUGCCCUUAUCCAUCCCCAUUAAUGUCAUUUGCUUCUCGAAUGGCGAUGCACAGGGAUUGGGCGAAAAGAGACAACACGAAUUACAAUCGUCUAUACACGCUCUUAUUCAAAACCAAAGACAAACAAACGUCACAGUAUUGCAUUUCCAAGAUGGUAAUGAUCAGAUAUGGGAUAUCGAUCAAAUGACGCAAUAUUUACCUCAGAAUGAUCAUCAGGCUUUCUUAACUUUCGACUCCCAUGGUGUGUCCGGUCAUAAAAAUCACAUCGCCUGUCAUAAUGCGGUAUGGAAUCUGAAGAAUACUAACAAUAAUGUAACUAUACUCACUUUGGAUAGUAUUCACCAUAGCCUCUUGGCUAAAUAUACUUUCUUCAUCAUCGAUUUAGUUAAACUAUAUUGGAAUCUUUGGAAGGAUCAACAACAACCUCAAUGGGAAAGUCACGACAAAAUCACUUUCUUCAAUGCAUACUCACAAUACAUCCUGGCCUAUUCAACAAUGUUGAACGCUCAUAAAUCUCAAGUCGUUUGGUUCAGGUAUGGAUGGUGGGCCUUUUCCAGAUUCGUAUUCUCGAAUCACUUAAAAAUAACUACUUGA